GAUAAGAGGUGGGAGCAGGCAGCGAGGGCCGAUAAGAAGAGCGGAGGACGCUCGGGCGGCAGGGAGCCUGGGAACUGGCCGGGCGCUGUGUGCAGAGUGGCCGGCAGGACGAUGAGGGCCUGCUCUUCCCGGGCUCCUGCCCACACCCGCUAACACGAGGUGGCCAGUGGCCGUCUCCCGUCCAGGGGACCCCCGUGCUGUCCCAAGAUGUGCCUCGGGGCGCUGUGGGUGGCCCUGCCGGUGCUCUCCCUGCUGGCCUGCUCUGGGCAGGGGAAGCCUCUGGAGACCCGGGCGCGGGCGUUGGCCAGGGGAGAUGCCCGGCUGCCAGCGGCAACGGGCGGUGAACAGGAGGGAGGCACCUUCGACCUGAGGAUGUUCCUGGAGAACAUGAAGGUGGAUUUCCUACGCAGCCUCAACCUGAGCGGAGUCCCGGCCCAGGACAAAACCCAAGCAGAGCCGCCGCAGUACAUGAUCGAUCUGUACAACAGAUACACCACCGACAAGUCGUCCACCCCUGCGUCCAACAUCGUGCGCAGCUUCAGCAUGGAAGAUGCUGUCUCUGUAGCUGCCACAGAGGACUUCCCCUUCCAGAAACACAUCUUGCUUUUCAACAUCUCCAUCCCCAGGCAUGAGCAGAUCACCAGGGCAGAACUCCGGCUCUACAGCUCCUGCCAAAGCCACGAGCGCCCGUCUCAUGAGCUGAAGGGAAACGUAGCCAUUUAUGAUGUUCUGGGUGGAGCGGACACAGGGGACGCUUCUGCAGGAACCAAGGCCUUCCUGCUGUCCCAGGACAUCCGGGACGAGGGCUGGGCAACCUUCGAGAUCUCCAGGGCUGUCAAGCGGUGGGUCAGGGCCGACUCCACCAAGAGCAAAAAUAAACUGGAAGUGGCAGUGCGGAGUCACAGGAAAGGCUGCCACAAGCUGGAUAUCAGCGUCCCCCCCGGCUCCAGGAACCUGCCCUUCUUCGUCGUCUUCUCCAAUGACCGCACCAAUGGGACCAAGGAGACCCGGCUGGAGCUCAGGGAGAUGAUCGGCCACGAGCAGGAGAGUGUGCUGAAGAAGUUGUCCACCCACAGCCCAGAGGCGGGGGGGAGCAAGGGCGAGGGGGGCGUGGGAAGCCACAUGGCCACGGGGUCAUCCUUAGCCAGACGGAAGAGGAGCGCUGGGGCCAACAACCACUGUCAGAAGACCUCCCUGCGAGUGAACUUCGAGGACAUCGGCUGGGACAGCUGGAUCAUCGCGCCCAAGGAGUACGAUGCCUACGAGUGUAAGGGGGGCUGCUUCUUCCCGCUGGCCGAUGACGUGACCCCGACCAAGCACGCCAUUGUGCAGACCCUGGUUCACCUCAAGUUCCCCAUGAAGGUGGGCAAGGCUUGCUGUGUGCCCACCAAACUGAGCCCCAUCUCCAUCCUCUACAAGGAUGACAUGGGGGUCCCCACCCUCAAGUACCACUAUGAAGGGAUGAGUGUGGCAGAGUGUGGGUGCAGGUAGUGCCGCCUGCGGGCAGGGAGACCAGGUUGGAGGGGCGUAAGGAGCGGUCCUGCGACAGGGAUGAGGUCCAUUUGCAUUCCAGCCUGGAGAAGGAAAGGGAACUGUCACACCCUCCAGGUAGAGCCUGCUCUCCCUCUCAGGGCCGCCCCCCACACACCGCUGGGUUUCACGCAGGGGAGGCAAUGGCAGGGAGGUAAGGGCCUGGAGAGAACAGGGCCACCCGAAAGGGUUGUUGGGGUGGAAAGGGAGAUGACAACAGGGGAACAAGAAAAAAAAAAAUA